CACAUUCAUAUCCAUCAGGCAGGCGUCGUGCUGUGCCGACGUCGAAUGCAUUUUUGAUUUUGACAUUUCUAUUUUUCGGUUCGAGCAGUUAGGCAAAAAGAGAAAGCCGUAUCCAAAAGAAGAGUGAAGAUACAACACGACUAUUUCGCUUCAGAAUCGGACCACACUGCCCGCACGCACACAGAAACUGCCAAACCAAACAACGAACCGCGAUCCCGCUGCGAGCAGAAGAUAUUGCGCGAGCGAAGAACAAGCGGACGGCCAGUUGGAGUUUCAGCUUUCGCGGUGAACGGUUCGGUUUAUGGUGUUUCGACAAGGUUUAGCCGUUUGGCGAAGAACGCGAGGAAAUAGCUAAAUAAAAAUUGUUUUUCGGAACAAAGUGAUUUCUCGCGUUCUUUCUUUUCCUGGUUUCGGUUCGUGAAAAAGGUAACGAUACGCAAGUACCUUCGGCUCGCCUCCCCCCGCCCCUGCGAGAGAAAUAGGAAGUGUGCGCUGGUAGAACGGUCGAGCUGUGCGAGGAAAUAGUGCUUCAGUGGUGAUUAUUUUUCUUUCCCUAUAUCGUUCGAAUGACAGCUGUUUGAGACGCGCGCAUUGAAACUAUUUUUGUUUUGUUUGUAAACCAAACGAAUCUUCAAGUAACUGUGCUUCGUGAAGACUGCUUGGAUUGACCCGUGAAAGUUGACCGUUGUUUGCCAAGCGACCGCUACCGAGACUUUGAUCACACAAGAUGGCGUUCAUACUCACAGAUAUGUACGAUUGGUACAGAGAUCUAAUGGACAAUAAAAGCGAUCCCCGAGUAGCAGACUGGCCAAUGAUGUCCUCACCACUGCCCACACUGGCCCUCUGCAUAUUCUACGCCUAUUUCAGCAAAACACUCGCCCCCCGGAUCAUGGAGAAGCGGAAACCGAUGGACCUUAGGAAUAUACUCGUGGGCUACAACCUUUUUCAGACAAUCUUUAGUACGUGGAUAUUUUAUGAGUAUUUACAGAGUGGCUGGUGGGGCCACUAUAGCUUUAAGUGUCAACCAGUAGAUUAUUCGGAUAACCCCCUUGCCUUACGGAUGGCGCGGACGUGCUGGUGGUACUACAUCUCCAAGUUCACCGAAUUCUUCGACACGUUGUUCUUCCUGCUGCGAAAGAAGAACCAGCACGUGUCAACUCUGCACGUCAUUCACCACGGAUGUAUGCCGUUCUCGGUGUGGAUGGGCUUGAAAUUCGCCCCCGGUGGUCACAGCACAUUCUUUGCCAUGCUCAACUCGUUUGUACAUAUUGUUAUGUAUUUCUACUACAUGGUAGCUGCCCUAGGACCAAAGUACCAGAAGUACAUCUGGUGGAAGAAAUACCUCACCGCUUUCCAAAUGCUGCAAUUCGUGGCAAUCUUCACGCACCAGUUCCAGCUGCUGUUCACCGACUGCGACUACCCGAAGGGCUUCAUGGUGUGGAUCGGGCUGCACGGCGUCAUGUUCCUGUUCCUGUUCUCGGACUUCUACAAGCAGGCCUACAGCAAACGGAAGGCACGGCGAGCCGUCGAGGCCAACAACGCCAAGUACGAUGCGCUGGUCAACGGAGCAAGCCGAAAGCAGAACGGUUCGGUGGCCAACGGGCACCAUCUCUAUCAGAACGACAAACUGUCCAACGGCGACCUGGCGAACAAUAACCAGGGAGCGUGCAUGCCCGUUCUCGACGACGACGAGCUGCACCAGCGCAAGGUGACGGGCAAUGGAAUCUACAUGAACGGCAUGCCCAAGCCGGCGGCCAACUCGUACAGCAACGGAAACUCGAACGGAUUCGUCGAGGCGAUGCGGGACGAUACGGACGACGCAGUGACCAGCGCAGCGGCGCUCGACCGCGUUCGGAAGAUCCAAUAACACAACGCCCGAGCUGGAGAAGGAGGAGGAGGUCGCCGGUGCCUUCCGUCGCGCCGGCGACGACAACGGAAUCUGGGACGUUGCGUCUUCUAGGAGAAGAAGCGAGAAAUCCCCUGCUACCACUAAAACCUCUAAGAUACUACUACUUUAGUACUGUACUCUGUAAAGGCGCGCGCAAUGCUGCGGACGGCACGCAAUCAAGGAAGUGAAGAUUAACACAGAUUUUUAAGUCAUACAAAUGUGUGGGGAAAACUCUAGGCUUAAGGUAGAAAGUGUCACAUUAAUGUAUUUAGCAAACGAGGGAUGUAGAAGUGGGUGAAGAAAAUGCGUGCUUGAGAGAAUGCAAGUGAGGGCGAAAGCGAACAAAUUGUUGUAUGAUAGGAAUGGACUCUAUUGCGGAUCUUAGGAACUAGUUCAGAGCUUUCGUAUUUGUCGUCGUCGCUGAAGAAUUAGGGAAAAGGAGGUUCAAAUGAAGGCGUGUCAAACGCGCCUCUUUAUCUUUGAAGCUCGGCGCUGUGUUAUAUUAUCAUUGAGAGCUGCUCCCUCCGAUGGUCAUUACCUGAGAAGAUUUAUUGUUACGACCAUUGGGGGUUGCAAUUUCCAGAAACAAUCAUGGUGAUCGAUGUAUAACAAAAACUAAAUGGACGGAAUGUUGUAUUACUUUGUUUUUGGAUAAACGAUUUUUAGCUAACUACCUACUCUAGAGGAGGAAGGAUCGUUUCAAAAACGGUUCCAGCCUUCGGUGUUUUGCUUUAUGUAAUUAAAUCAAUCAAUGUGAUGCGCGUGCGAUAUCGAGAAGUUUCUAUGAAAAGAUUUAUUAGCGGACCCGGAGAUUGUAAUAUAGACAGAGAUAGAUAAUACAUACUGAAACAGAAUAUCUGCUUAGGCAAAGCAAAAAUGUGGUAUUUUUAUUCUUAAAAAAAAUAUAAAUUGAAUACAAAAAAAUGUACUUGAGAAAAUUUUCUAAGGGGUUUGCUUUGGCAUUGCACUUAACCUUUUCUUAACAACUGACUGUCGAUAAGUUUGUAAAUUUUGAAAAUGAAACUGAAGCUUAUGAGCUAAAGCACUAGAAAGAUUUUUUUCCAUUUGCUUUGGUCAUUUUCCGGAGCAAACAACUAAAUUAAAACCGAAAAUUUAAAUUGCUCGCUCGCUCUCGCUCGUAGAGAUUUCAAAUUUCACAAGACGGUUUUGAAACAUUACAUUUUGCUUCUUUUUUUGUUCCUUUGAGUGAGGAUGGAUAUUUGGUGUUUACUGUCGUGAGCCGUGAUCGAAGCAAUCUUACUCACUUGAUAGACAUUGGAACAACUUAUGUUACCUCUGGAAAGAUGUGGUGAGGUAAUUCAAUAUAGUCGCCUACUUUGUUUGAUAACAAUUAUUCUGUUUUGUCAAGUUAUGCUGUUUGCAAUGAUGGAUUCGAGAACACCCUUUUUUAGUCAUUCAGUAGGUUUACUGUUAGAUGUCUUUCGGCAAAGAAGCCAACGCCAUGCUAGUUGCUGCACUCGCAUUCAGUUAAUACCCCGUCCAGAGUUUAAUAGAUUCUUUAUUUUCAAGAGUCUUUAAGCUUGCAAGCUAUUCCAAAAAUUAAUCUCAUAAAUCGGGCUCAUUUUCUGGGUUGAGUAAUUUAAGAUGUGUCAAUUUUGUCUCUUCUCACGAAAGUGAACAUUUGACAUAUAUCACAUUAUUCUCUUCAAUUAGUUCCAAGUAAGCUUGUUCUACAAUUGAGACUUUUUUCACGCAAAGCGAACACAAUAAUCAAUCAUUAGAAAUUAUGGCGAUCUAAUACAGUGCAAUCGAUUCUGGCGUAGGCCCCAAAGCAAUUUUUCCUACAACUGCAAUUAAAAAAAUCCACUCAUUUCGUUUCUAUCGCCUUGCUCAAACAACCGCUCAGUUCGGUUCCCUUGAUAUUAAGCAAACGACGUGCAACAUUCAAUUCCACGCGCACACAACCAGCAUUUGUAAACCGCAUUAGCAGCAAACGAAACAGUUUUAGAUGGUGACAGUUCUCUACUAGGAAUAUCAAAUCUGGGAAGCUGGAACUACAUGGCUGUGGCCUGUUGCAAGUAUCUCAAACUCACCAUAUUCAUUCGGAUAGGAAUCUAGGCGGUGGUCUCUUCUUGUUUAAUUGACUACUUAUAAUGCAUAUCAUAUAGUUUUGCGGAUCUUUUAACACUGGCAACAAUAAUAGAAUCUUUCUUUUUCCCAAAGAAGAAACCAGUAAAGAUGUAAGUAUUAAGCAUAAUAAGUUCUUUUUCGAUUCAUAAAAUUGAGUAAAAAUAAGUGAACAGUUUGAAAUUUUCAACACACAAAAGCAAGAAAAAAAAACUCAUACAAACACCGAAACACAAAUGUUAAAACAUUUUGAAAGUCGAGUACCAACACAUUUUUUAUAAGAAAUUAAUAGAUUGUAAGUUCGGCCAUUUUUUCAAACACAGUGACAAUUAUCACUCUGUUAUGUUCUAGUUCUUUAGGUUCCGUUUUUGUCUGUUCGAUGAAAACCUAUAUAUAUAUUUUUUUUAUUUUAUUACACACUCACAGACACGAUUGACUUGUUCUGAACAAAACGUUUUCUAUUAAAGUUUAAUAUUGGCGCGACUACAGCGAAGGGGCAAAUAAGCAAUGCUUAGAUGCAAACGGCACUAAACGGCCACUGUAUGAUUUCUUGUUAUUUAGGUUAAAUUUAACAAUUGAACGGCAAUCGGUAUGCUACGGUACUGUGAG